AUGACGUAUUGUGAAGACGACCCAAAACUAUUCGACCGGAACCUCGAGUCCACACAGGAGUUUUUGCGUACGAUGGCCGCGUUUCAGGCGUAGGUUUUUGAAUUUUCUGAUUACUGUGAUAUAGAUUACUGUAAUUUUUUUCUUGAUUUUACUCUACUCUACUUUACCCUACUUUACCCUACCCUACCCUACCCUACUCUACAUUACUUUAUCAUACCUUGCUUUACCCUGCCCUAAAUAAUUUAAAAAUUUUAGUUUCUACGCCCCGCUCCACGGGUAUAUAUGUGUGGUACUGUGUGUUUUCGGCUUUUCCUCCAACUUUAUCCACGUCAUCGUUCUAACACGACAGUCGAUGCGUGGAAGCGCCGUGAAUUCCAUAAUGACGGCGGUAGCACUGUGUGAUAUGGGUACAAUGGCAUCGUAUUUGAUAUACAUUUGUCAUUUUGUUUUAAAGGGGAAAUCUGCCACUAAUUGGUAAGUUUAUCAUGUUUUUUGGCUUUUAAAAAUGUUUUUUUUUUUAUUUAAAAAAACUUUUAAAUUUAAAUUAUAUUGUCAUUUAAAUUUUAAAAAUUGUGGAGAAAAAGAUGUUGAUUACGUAUUUUACUAAAGAUACCAUUCUUUACAUUAGUUUACCUUAUUUACUUUGUUUAAGCUCUUAAAACAGAAUGCCGAUCUUGGCGGAAAAAUAAAAAUUCAAAUUUUUAAGCCUACAAUAAUAUAACUUUACCUAACCAAACCCUUUCAGUUCAAACGGGUUAACGUAUCUUUCAAUGUCAUUUCUCUUGUUCCACAUGUUCUUAAGUAUAACACUACAUACGACGACUUUGUGGCUAGCUGUAGCUAUGGCCUUCCUUCGUCGUAUGACACUACACACUACCGUACUCCAUUCUCAAUGGCAACGAAGUCGACUGGCAAAGAAAAUCAGUUUGGUUGUGUUUUUUACUGUCAUGUUAUUUAGUCUGCCAACUUUGCUUGUGCAUCGGAUAGUGGAGUACGAAGCAGAUGUAUGGCGGCCGAAGCCGAGUUGCGUUCAGUUUUAUGAAGCCAACUACAGUGAGACCAUCUUUACUAUGGCUGUAAGUUUUUUUGAGGAAGGUCAAGUACUAAUUUUAUUGAAAUUUAACAAUUUAAAAUCAAAAAAAAAUUUUUUUUGGUCUAAAAAAAGUCUUGUUGUCAUUUUAUAUAUAUUUCAAGGGUAAAAAACGACAAGACUUUUUGAUGGUAUAUCAAUAAAAUUUUUUUAUAUACUAACUUCACCUCAUUCAGAUAGCCCCAGCGGCCAUGCAAAAUGGUUGUAUGUGGUUCAAGGCCAACCUCUGGCUGACUGGCACCCUCUUCAAAGUGAUACCCUGUGUCCUCUUAAUAGUGCUCAUCUCUUCCUUAUUGCUCAAACUAAAGAAUGCUGAACAAAAACGACGUUUACUACUGCUAAACGGUGGUGUAGGUAAUGACACCAACAAAAGAAUUACCUCGGACAAGACUACGGUCAUGUUGUUGGCCAUCUUGGGGGUGUUCUUGAUCACUGAGUUUCCUCAGGGCAUUUUGUCGAUCCUCAGUGCUGUUUAUACGAACGACGUGCACAACUUGAUCUACUUCAUGCUGGGUGAUGUGCUCGAUCUACUGUCGUUGAUGAAUAGUUCGGUCAACUUUGUACUGUACUGCCUGAUGUCGUCGAGGUAGGCUAAUAUCUUUUUUGGGUUGAUUUAAUUUUUUUGAAAUUUCAAAGUUUAAAAUGAAUUUUUUAAAAGUUUGAGAAUUCAAUAUUUGUAAAAACUUUAUAUUAUUAUAUGAUUGUAGGUACCGACACACAUUCUGCAAGACAGUACUACCGUUGGCUUGGUUCCGUUGUUGUCGCCGUCGCCAAACUCGACCUAACGUUGCCCUCUUCACGAAUACCGAUUUACCGUCGCGGAUUCAGAAUGUGGAAGUUUGUUUGACGCCGGACGGGCGCAGAAGGUAAAUUUCUUUUUUACUUUUUAAAAAAUAUGAAAUAAAGGUUGUAGAUGUAGAAGAAUAGGGUAUUAUAUGGUAGGAUACAACAAGACACCUAGGGCAGAGCAGAUUAUUAUGGUAAAAAAAGCAUUGUAGAGUGCUUUUAGUUUAAUGGUUGGGGUUUGCUAGGCCAGGACAUGGUAAAAAACUAUAAGUCAAGGUAGGUUAGAAUAUAUUAGGGUAGGGGAAGUUUAGGUAUGGUAGGAUAGUGUAGAGUAUGUAAAUUUUGAAAUACAAUUUUUUUACAAUAUUAUAGUAGCCACUGUUUCUAAAUUUAAAAUUUUAGAUCCAGCCCAGCUUUUAGGACAGUACGCGAGCCGUUACUGUCGCAGGUGCGGCUACCUUUGUCAGCCCGAGCAUCAAGGACGUAA